AUGAUCUCUGGAGGUAGCUCGAGCUAUAGAGAUCGCUAUUAGAGAGCGAGUCGCGUUAUGCGAGUGGAGAUAGCUCCUCUCUUAUCUCGAGAGCGAGUCUCUCUCCUCUCCUCUCUCUCUCUCUCUCGCUCUCUCCUAUCUCUCUCUCGGUAUAUCUCUUCUUCUUAUCAAAUUUCAUUUUCAAUUUCAAUUUUCAAUUUAAUGGCUUUAUGCAUGGGAAACGUGUGUUACAUUGCCAAAGCGAAGGGAAGAACGUAGAUAGUAAACAAAAGUGAAAUAUAAACAAUUAAAUAGGAAACAGUAAAAAACAUGAUACUCAGAAGUUGGUCAAAAGAUAAAGACAUUUCAAAUGUAUAUUAUGUAUAUAUACAGGGUUGUAACAAUGUGCAAAUUAGUUAAAGUACAAAUGGGGAAAAUAAAAAAAAAUACAUCUCUCUCUCUCUCAUAUAUCUCUCUCUCUCUCUAUCUCUCUCCUCUCUAUGUAUCUUCUUCUGUAUCUCUCUCUCUCUCUCUCUCUCUGUCUCUCUCUCUCUGUCUCUCUUUCUUUUUUCUCUCCUCUCUCUUCUCUAUCUGUCUCGCUCUCUCUUUCUCUCUUCUCUCUCUACUCUAUCUCUCUCUAUCUCUCUCUGUCUCUCUCUGUCUCUUCUCUGUCUCUCUCUCUCUUCUCUCUCCUCUCUCUCUCUCUCUCUCUCUCUUCUCUCUCUCUCUCUCUCUCUCUAUCUCUCUCUCUCUCUCUCUCUCCAGGAGUAUACAAGUUUUAGCCUCUAUCGCCCCCUUUAUCCAGGGUCCAGUUUUUCAAAAGUUAUCUUUCUGGAUUUCACCUAUCGGAUAUUUCUAUCCAUUUAAUCCUAUCCGAUAGGCAAAAUCCAGAUAACUUUUGAAAAACUGGACCCUGGCGUGUACACGUUCAGCCUCUAACCAGUGUAUAUCUCCCCCUCUAUCCAGGCAUCUACACGUUCAGCCUCUAACCAGUGUCUAUCUCCCCCUCUAUCCAGGCAUCUACACGUUCGGCCUGUUCACCGUGGACAUCUUUGUGAAUGCCGGCCAGGUGGUGACGGGGAACCUGGCCCCCCACUUCCUGACGGUGUGUAAGCCCAACUACACGGCCCUGGGCUGCCAGAACGGCCUGCGCUACAUCAGCCACCAGGAGGCCUGCACCGGGAACCAGGAGGAUAUCCUGCGAGCACGCAAAACCUUCCCCUCCAAAGAGGCCGCGCUCAGCGUCUAUGCAGCCCUCUAUCUUGCGGUGAGUAAGGAACUAAAGAUUAGCAGGAACCAAAGAUGUUAAGUGAGUUGGCUCUGUUACAACUACUAACUAACGGAACAUAAUAACUGGAGUAAUGUUUCCAUACUGACGAUAUGUGCAGAAUAGUAGUAGGCUUUAUGACAUUGCAGACAUCCCUAAGGAAAUCUGGAACAUUCUAUGAGGGACAGCCUUGAUAACGGACCUUUAAAGACUGAGUUAGUAGGCCCAAUAGAUGCCUGUCUUGAAUGUGCUGCUAUUCAGCUGCUUCUUUGAUGGCUAUGAUGAGAUGUGGAGAACGCUGCGCAAUAUAUCCUGUUAGUCUUUAAACCUCUAUAAUCUGUUUAAUAAUACCUGUCAGAUUGGGCUAGACUCUCGUUGUCUUGAAAUCUUGUUUUCGUAUUUUGGACUCUGGAUUGAAGUCGCUGCCUCAUUGAUCGAAGAGUGUCUGGUGGUGAGAUGCAAUUGGUUGAAGAUUUCACAUUAACCAAUAAUUAACGUAAACACAUUUAGCAUCUCCACCCCUCCACGCAUACAAGCCACAUACAAGCCGCUGAUGUGAGCCUUUGGAACAUCUACAUUAAAAAAGUAUUAUAAAUCAAUAAAUAAUACACCAUCACAAUAAAUGCAUUAUUUAUUUUAGGCUGGUCUAAAGAAACAUUAUGAUACGAAGAAAAUGUAUUUCAGAAGAACAGAAUAUGAGUUGGCCUACUGUAUGUUAUCUGGCUAUGCUCCAUGCCAUAGGCUGUAGGCUUGUUCAUUUAGCAGACAAGAUACGCUUGUAAUCCUGUGCCAUUCUUUUAUAUUAUAUGAUUUUAUAGUAAGAAGAAUACAAUUCAACUUCAAAUAUAAAUAUAUUUUUCCCAUUCCGGAGGGAGUGUGCAUAUGAAGUGGCUAUGUUGAGUAUAAAAUUGAUCAAUUAGAGUUAUUUGGUCACUUUAGUUGUGAAUGAUACAAACCUUAGAAUGUCUUAGAAAUGAAAACAUAUUAUGGGCUGCAUGGUGCGACUACAGGCUAUUGAUGAUUUGAGAAAGUCACAAGAAAAGCUUGCGCUCUGUUCCUCGCCUCAGGCUACACACGCUUCUCUCUCAUCAAGUGAUCAGAUUUUCACCCGUCAGACUAUUCUCAAUUGAAUCUUGUCUUUACUAAUAUGUCAAAUUAGUUUAGAUUUAGAAUGGCCCAUUAUCAAAUGGGCAGGAACAGGGGCAGGGGAAAAUGGCUUGUCAUCUGUAUGCACUUAAUAGUGAAUGAAGGCCGCUUUCCCGCCUGUUAGUUUUUCAAUCAUGCUACUCCGGUUAUUUCAUUCCACGCAUCAACCACUGUUUGAGGAGCAUGCAGCCACUCGCUGUGCGACAGGUGAUAUUCUGCCCAAACUCUGUAUGCCAUGGGCUCUCCAACCCUGCUCCUGAAGCUACCCAGUGCUUAAUUUGGGAAACCAAGUGAACUCUAUUCGGGAACAUUGAUAGUAACAUGUUUUCGCAACUAAACAUAUGUAUUUCAUUAAACUGUUAACAGCACGUUCUAGAAAGGAAUAAAGGAGAGAGAGAGAGGAGAUGGAAACGCAUGGUGGUGAGAUAUUCUGUAUAGCUAAAGGUAAUGUCACCCAAUUAAUUAUGAAAAUAUAAAAAAUGUUCUAUUACUAGGCUAUUUAAAAUCAAAUACAAAUUCACUAUAAUUGUAGGUUAACUCUGUAAACCGCCCUGCAUAAUCAAUGAACCAACAGCAUGGCCUAGGCCUUCUCUCCCAGACUCAUGGAUAUUUACAUUUACAUUUAUGUCAUUUAGCAGACGCUCUUAUCCAGAGCGACUUACAGGAGCAAUUAGGGUUAAGUGCCUUGCUCAAGGGCACAUCGACAUAUUUUUCACCUAGUCGGCUCGGGGAUUAGAACCAGCGACCUUUCGGUUACUGGCACAACGCUCUUAACCACUAAGCUACCUGCCGAGUAGCCGUGAGUUUGGAGCGCGGCAUAAGGUAACCAGUCCAUCCAGUAUGCAUAAUAAUAAUACAGUCCACAUUCAAAUACGAUUGCUACAAUCUGUUUAAUUCUGGAGUAUAGGCUAGACCCCUUACUUUAAUGUUUUUCUGCCAGGUGUAACAUGUGGUAGGCUAUGUAUUGUAUAAAGGCACACUCAUUUUCGAUUGGAUUUACAUUGAUGUCAGAGUGGUUAGAGGGACAAUAGAGCCCUGAGUACCAGGCCAUUAGGACCUGAUGGUUAGAGGGACAAUAGAGCCCUGAGUACCAGGCCAUUAGGACCUGAUGGUUAGAGGGACAAUAGAGCCCUGAGUACCAGGCCAUUAGGACCUGAUGGUUAGAGGGACAAUAGAGCCCUGAGUACCAGGCCAUUAGGACCUGAUGGUUAGAGGGCCAAUAGAGCCCUGAGUACCAGGCCAUUAGGACCCGAUGGUUAGAGGGACAAUAGAGCCCUGAGUACCUGGCCAUUAGCGACCUGAAGGUCGUUAGCGAGUUGGGUGCUACCAACGCAUGUUCUGAGUGCAUAAGAGGAGAUUACCGAGACUCAACGGUCACGUGAAAUUUUACUGAGUUCAUUUACAGUCAUUUAGCAGACACUCUUAUCCAGAGCAAUUUACAGUCAGUGAGUGCAUACAUUAUUAUUAUAGUUUUUUAUUUUUCAUACUGGACCCCCGUGGGAAUCAAACCCACAACCCUGGCGUUGCAAACGCCAUUCUCUACCAACUGAGCUACAUCCCUGCCGGCCAUUCCCUCCCUCCCUGGGACGACACUGGGCCAAUGUGCGCCGCCCCAUGGUUCUCCUUGUCGCGGCCGUGCUACGAUAGAGCCUAGAUUCGAACCAGGAUCUCUAGUGGCACAGCUAGCGCUGCGAUGCAGUGCCUUAAACUACUGCGCCACUCAUGACUAAUGACUGCCGGUGUGGUGGUAAUACGGUCACCACAACAGCCCUAGUAACGGUAGAUAAUAUGGUAACUGUAGAUAUGGUAACUGUAGAUAAAAUGGUAACGGUAGCUAUGGUAACUGUAGAUAAUAUGGUAACGGUAGAUAUGGUAACUGUAGAUAAAUGGUAACGGGGGGCCAGUAUAAAAACUAACUGUAAGUCGCUCUGGAUAAGAGCGUCUGCUAAAUGACUAAAAUGUAAAUGUAAAAUGUAGAUGGACUUUUCCAAGUCUCUGAGCUGUUCUGCUGGAGUAGUAUGUAGACUCACCUGCACUAGCCUGACUAGCCUGCAGUAGCCUGACUAGCCUGCAGUAUCCUGCACUAGCCUGACUAGCCUGCAGUAGCCUGACUAGCCUGCAGUAGCCUGCAGUAAGCCUGACUAGCCUGCAGAAGCCUGACUAAAUGCAGUAGCCUGCUGAGCCUGCAGUAGCCUGACUAGCCUGCACUAGCCUGACUAGCCUGCAGUUAGCCUGACUAGCCUGCAGUAGCUGACUAGCCUGCAGUAGCCUGACUAGCCUGCAGUAGCCUGACUAGCCUGCAGUAGCCUGCAGUAGCCUGACUAGCCUGCACUAGCCUGACUAGCCUGCAGUAGCCUGACUAGCCUGCAGUAGCCUGACUAGCCUGCAGUAGCCUGACUAGCCUGCACUAGCCUGACUAGCCUGCAGUAGCCUGACUAGCCUGCAGUAGCCUGACUAGCCUGCAGUAGCCUGCAGUAGCCUGACUAGCCUGCACUAGCCUGACUAGCCUGCAGUAGCCUGACUAGCCUGCAGUAGCCUGCAGUAGCCUGACUAGCCUGCAGUAGCCUGACUAGCCUGCAGUAGCCUGACUAGCCUGCAGAAGCCUGACUAGCCUGCAGUAGCCUGACUAGCCUGUAGUAGCCUGACUAGCCUGCAGUAGCCUGACUAGCCUGCAGAAGCCUGACUAGCCUGCAGUAGCCUGCAGUAGCCUGCAGUAGCCUGACUAGCCUGACUAGCCUGACCAGCCUAACUAGCCUGACUAGCUUGCAGUAGCCUGACUAGCCUGCAGUAGCCUGACUAGCCUGCAGUAGCCUGACUAGCCUGCACUAGCCUGACUAGCCUGCAGUAGCCUGACUAGCCUGCAGUAGCCUGACUAGCCUGCAGUAGCCUGCAGUAGCCUGACUAGCCUGCACUAGCCUGACUAGCCUGCAGUAGCCUGACUAGCCUGCAGUAGCCUGCAGUAGCCUGACUAGCCUGCAGUAGCCUGACUAGCCUGCAGUAGCCUGACUAGCCUGCAGAAGCCUGACUAGCCUGCAGUAGCCUGACUAGCCUGUAGUAGCCUGACUAGCCUGCAGUAGCCUGACUAGCCUGCAGAAGCCUGACUAGCCUGCAGUAGCCUGCAGUAGCCUGCAGUAGCCUGACUAGCCUGACUAGCCUGACCAGCCUAACUAGCCUGACUAGCUUGCAGUAGCCUGACUAGCCUGCAGUAGCAUGACUAUCUUGCAGUAGCCUGACUAGCCUGCAGUAGCAUGACUAUCUUGCAGUAGCCUGACUAGCCUGACUUGAUCCCCCUGGCUGCCUGCGUUUGGAAUCCAGAUGAGCAGACAGGCAGACAGGCAGACAGAAAGACAGACAGGCAGGCAGGCAGGCAGACAGCUAGACAGGCAGGUGCAGGCAGGAAGGUGCAGGCAGGCAGGUAGGCAGACAGCUAGACAGGCAGGUGCAGGCAGGCAGACAGCUAGACAGGCAGGUGCAGGCAGGCAGGCAGACAGCUAGACAGACAGGCAGUCAGACAGCUAGACAGCUAGAAAGCUAGACAGGCAGGCAGGUGCAGGCAGGCAGGCAGCUAGAGCGGCAGGCAGGUAGGCAGGCAGGUGCAGGCAGGCAGGCAGACAGUUAGACAGGCAGGUGGAGGCAGGCAGGCCGACAGCUAGACAGACAGGUGCAGGCAGGCAGACAGCUAGACAGGCAGGCAAGGACAUUCAAUUUUUUAUUCGAAGGCACACUUAACCAGCAUGGCUACCACAGCAUUCUGCAGCGAUACGCCAUCCCAUCUGGUUUGCGCUUAGUGGGACUAUCAUUUGUUUUUCAACAGGACAAUGACCCAAAACACACCUACAGGCUGUGUAAGGGCUAUUUGACCAAUAAGGAAAGUGAUGGAGUGCUGCAUCAGAUGAUCUGGCCUCCACAAUCACCCAACCUCAACCCAAUUGAGUUGGUUUGGGAUGAGUUGAACCGCAGAGUGAAGGAAAAGCAGCCAACAAGUGCUCAGCAUAUGUGGGAAGUUCAAGACUGUUGGAAAAGCAUUCCUCAUGAAGCUGGUUGAGAGAAUACCAAGAGUGUGCAAAGCUGUCAUCAAGGCAAAGGGUGGCUACUUUGAAGAAUCUAAAAUAUAAAAUAUAUUUUGAUUUGUUUAACACUUUUCUUGGUUACUACGUGAUUCCAUAUGUGUUAUUUCAUAGUUUUGAUGUCUUCACUAUUAAAAAAUAAAAAUAAAGACAAACCGUUGAAUGAGUAGGUGUGUCCAAACUUUUGACUGGUACUGUACAUUAUGAGAUUAUUAUGGAUAAGAGCGAUAUUAUUUGUUUUUGUUAAAUGGCAGCCAAGCAUCCAUCAUCAUAUCACCAGAAUAAAACCCUUGAGAUUUAAUGGAAAGGAGCAUCAAGCUCAUCACUUUGCACAUUCACCACCCUGUAAGGUUCAUCAUAACUUAUUUAAUCUGUAGCCUAAUAAACUGCAUGCUCCAUUUGCUCUGUUCCGGCCAUUAUUAUGAGCCUCCACUGUGGUUAUUAUAUAAAUAAUUUCUCGCAUAAUUAAUUUUACAGACACAAAAAGAUCCCACCAUGUAGAACGAACAAAUUCUCUGUCAGCAUUUAUAAAAUUGUACCCGCAUUUCAUGUUUCCAUCAGCCCAGUUGUGACUUUAUUUUCAUCUGCAUGAAAACGUUGGAUGGAAAUUUGGUUUGUAUCACGUUUCUUUUGUCUUUUUUCGAAGAAGAAAUCUAAUGUCCUGACAGAAUAAUUAUUAUCCUCUUUAACUGCAUUUUCGGCAGUAUUUACUUUCACCACUAGAGGAUGUUCGACCAAUUUCUUGAGGUCUGUACUCUCAAAGUUGUUGACUGUUUUUUUUUGCUUGCCAGUUAGCUAGCAGUUGUCAGCUGUUAGCAGCCAGUUAGCUAGCAGUUGUCAGCUGUUAGCAGCAAGUUAGCUAGCAGUUGUCAGCUGUUAGCAGCCAGUUAGCUAGCAGUUGUCAGCAGUUAGCAGCCAGUUAGCUAGCAGUUAUCAGCUGUUAGCAGCCAGUUAGCUAGCAGUUAUCAGCUGUUAGCAGCCAGUUAGCUAGCAGUGAUCAGCUGUUAGCAGCCAGUUAGCUAGCAGUUGUCAACUGUUAGCAGCCAGUUAGCUAGCAGUUGUCAGCUGUUAGCGGACAAUGGCUAGCAGUUUCUUACUGCUAGCGGAUGAUUGCUAUCAUCUUUUCAAGUCAUUGCUGAAUUAUUAAAUGUAACAAAUCAAACAUUAAACCUUAUAAACAAGUCAUGGCAAUUCAUGGUAACCUCGUAAACAAUUUAUUUAGACCGGGUGUUUAUUUGAAACAGGUGUUUAUUUCCUGAAAUGUGUGCGCCGUUGCACAGCUAUUAAAAGGAACAGGCGGCUAUUUGAGACUGAGUUUAAUUGAAGUUUUACAUUUAACGCUGAAAAGGAAAUCAUCCACUGACUCCCAGCAGACUAAUAAGCCUGUUACUUUAUUUUAAAGAGGGAUCCUGCUGAUUCACCCUACUCACUCCAGAAAGCCUGCUAGUUGAAUGAUUUGAGGGCGAGAGCCAGUAUUAAGCACAGGUAAAAUCAUAUUAGCAGACUGAGGCUGUGUCUGAAACCUUAUUCACUAUGUAGUGCGCUACUUUUGACCUGGGCACUCUGCAGGAAAUAGGGUGCAUUUUGGACGCAAACUAGAUCUGGAAAUAUUUUGGGGAGCUGAAAGCGUUACAUGGUUAAUAUAUGCAACAUCACAACAGAUCAUGACAAACGUAUUGAUGACAAACAUUGUGCAUAAACAUACACACAAGACAUACUGUAUAGCCUACUGGUAUACAUGUUUGAUUCAUAGAAAUUCAAUAUUCGUUUUGAAUGAAUCAUCCUCAAGACGAGAGUUUGGAACCUUUAAACUCAGUUUUCUGAAACCAAAUUAGACAGCGGGUCAUCAUGUGUGGCCUCACAUCUCGUCACAUAUCCCUAUAACACAAUUAGCUCAUUAAAAACACUUUAAUUAAUCUUUCACUCGAUCAUCUGAUUAAAAAAAAAAAAUAAAUGCUGCCACUUUGUGAUUAUAAAUACGAUACACAGCUUCAGAGGCCAAAAUCCAAAAUGGAUUCAUAACAGUCUAGCUCAUUUGAAGUUUGAUGUCACUUCAGAUGUUGUUUUGUCUCUUCUUGACAUGCCAGGUCGUUUGGUGGAUACCCUGCCUAUUACAGACCAGACCAGUACUGAUCUAGGAUCAGGUCUCAGCUGUCCAUAAAUCUUAGUCAUUAUGAUUUUAAAGGGAAAACUGAUCCUAGAUCAGCACUCCUACACUGAGUCACUGUGUGAAUAUGAACCCUGUUCACCACAGUCUGAUGGCAGUGUCUUUUCAAAAGGAUUCCAGCGUACAGCUACAUGGGAAUACACUUCACAGAUCUAACUCUGUCAGAAGUCCUUAUUGUUUAAAUCCUCUUAAGGCAUCAAGAGUGUAACAUUUUUUUUUUUUUUGUAGACUGUUCUUCCUCCACUUGAUCCAGAUAGUAGAUUGGGUCUUUACAGCAUGUAGGUCAGUUAGCAGGGCCAUUGUUUUGUAGCGGUUAGGGGUUAUUAGCAUGCUAUCUUAAAGAAGAUUGUUUUGUAGCAGUUAGCGGUAUUAGCAUGCUACCGUAAAGCACAUUGUUUUUUUAGUGGUUAGUGGUUAGCAUGCUCAUUUAAAGCACAUUGUUUGUUAGCAGUUAGCAUGCUAUUGUAAAGCACAUUGUUUAUUUGCAGUAAGCUCCAGUUAGCUUGCAACAUUCAAACACAUCGUUUGUUAGCGGUUAGCAUGCUACUGCAAAGCUUGGUGCAUGCUAGUAUAAAACAACUGUACUACUGUAAAACAACACAUUUCACUGCACCUAUAUCCCGUGUUUGUGACAAUACAUAUUUUUUUUAAGCAGCACUCUGGAGAUUGGGGAUUAUACAUUAUCACAGGCUGCUGGUAACAUUAUCACAUGCUGCUGUAACAUUAUCACAGGCUGAUGGUAACAUUAUCACAGGCUGCUGGUAACAUUAUCACAGGCUGCUGGUAACAUUAUCACAGGCUGAUGGUAACAUUAUCACAGGCUGCUGGUAACAUUAUCACAGGCUGAUGGUAACUUUAUCACAGGCUGAUGGUAACAUUAUCACAGGCUGCUGGUAACAUUAUCACAGGCUGAUGGUAACAUUAUCACAGGCUGCUGGUAACAUUAUCACAGGCUGAUGGUAACAUUAUCACAGGCUGAUGGUAACAUUAUCACAGGCUGAUGGUAACAUUAUCACAGGCUGCUGGUAACAUUAUCACAGGCUGCUGGUAACAUUAUCACAGGCUGAUGGUAACAUUAUCACAGGCUGAUGGUAACAUUAUCACAGGCUGCUGGUAACAUUAUCACAGGCUGAUGGUAACAUUAUCACAGGCUGAUGGUAACAUUAUCACAGGCUGCUGGUAACAUUAUCACAGGCUGAUGGUAACAUUAUCACAGGCUGCUGGUAACAUUAUCACAGGCUGCUGUAACAUUAUCACAGGCUGAUGGUAACAUUAUCACAGGCUGCUGGUAACAUUAUCACAGGCUGAUGGUAACAUCACAGGCUGAUGGUAACAUUAUCACAGGCUGAUGGUACCAUUAUCACAGGCUGAUGGUAACAUUAUCACAGGCUGAUGGUAACAUUAUCACAGGCUGCUGGUAACAUUAUCACAGGCUGCUGUAACAUUAUCACAGGCUGAUGGUAACAUUAUCACAGGCUGCUGGUAACAUUAUCACAGGCUGAUGGUAACAUCACAGGCUGAUGGUAACAUUAUCACAGGCUGAUGGUACCAUUAUCACAGGCUGAUGGUAACAUUAUCACAGGCUGAUGGUAACAUUAUCACAGGCUGCUGGUAACAGCCUUGGUUUCUCAAAUGACUGCCUCGCCUGGUUCACCAACUACUUCCCAGAUAGAGUUCAAUGUGUCAAAUCGGAGGGCCUGUUGUCUGGACCUCUGGCAGUCUCUAUGGGGGUGCCACAGGGUUCAAUUCUUGGGCCGACUCUUUUCUCCGUGUAUAUCAAUGAUGUCGCUCUUGCUGCUGGUGACUCUCAGAUCCACCUCUACGCAGACGACACCAUUUUGUAUACAUCUGGCCCUUCAUUGGACACUGUGUUAACAAACCUCCAAACGAGCUUCAAUGCCAUACAACACUCCUUCAGUAGCAUCCAACUGCUCUUAAACACUAGUAAAACUAAAUGCAUGCUCUUCAAUCGAACGCUGCUGGCACCCGCCCACCCGACUAGAAUCACUACUCUCGACGGGUCUGACCUAGAGUAUGUGGACAACUACAAAUACCUAGGUGUCUGGUUAGACUGUAAACUCUCCUUCCAGACUCACAUUAAGAAUCUCCAAUCCAAAGUUAAAUCUAGAAUCGGCUUCCUAUUUCGCAACAAAGCCUCCUUCACUCAUGCUGCCAAACAUGCCCUCGCAAAACGGACUAUCCUACCGAUCCUUGACUUCGACGAUGUCAUUUACAAAAUAGCCUCCAACACUCUACUCAGCAAAUUGGAUGUAGUCUAUCACAGUGCCAUCCGUUUUGUCUCCAAAGCCCCAUACACUACCCACCACUGUGACCUGUACGCUCUUGUUGGCUGGUCCUCACUACAUGUUCGUCGUCAAACCCACUGGCUCCAGGCCAUCUAUAAAUCACUGCUAGGCAAAUCCCCGCCUUAUCUUAGCUCAUUGGUCACCAUAGCAGCACCCACCCGUAGUCUACGCUCCAGCAGGUAUAUCUCACUGGUCAUCCCCAAAGCCAACACCUCCUUUGGCCGCCAUUCCUUCCAGUUCUCUGCUGCCAAUGACUGGAACGAAUUGCAAAAAUCUCUGAAGCUGGAGACUCUUAUCUCCCUCACUAACUUUAAGCAUCAGUUGUCAGAGCACCUUACCGAUCACUGCACCUGUACACAGCCCAUCUGAAAUUAGCCCACCCAACUACCUCAUCCCUAUAUUGUUAUUUAUUUUGCUCUUUUGCACCCCAGUAUCUCUAUUUGCACAUAAUCUCUUGCACAUCUAGCAUUCCAGUGUUAAUACUAAUUGUAAUUAUUUUGCACUAUAGCCUAUUUAUUGCCUUACCUCCAUAACUUGCUACAUUUGCACACACUGUAUAUAUAUUUUCUGUUGUAUCUUUUGACUUUAUGUUUUUUUACCCCAUAUGUAACUCUGUGUUGUUGUUUUUAUCGCACUGCUUUGCUUUAUCUUGGCCAGGUUGCAGUUGUAAAUGAGAACUUGUUCUUAACUGGCUUUCCUGGUUAAAUAAAAUAUCACAGGCUGCUGCUAGCUAGUUUUUGGAGGGGGGUAGAGCAUGGUAAUGUUUUAUUCGUUUUUGACAACUCAUAAGCCGUGGCCCCUGGGAGGGACUGUGAACCCUUGACCUGAGUAGGAUAAAGUUUCCCUCCACACACACACACACACACACACACACACACACACACACACACACACACACACACACACACACACACACACACACAACACACACACACACACACACAGACACACACAUCACCCCCAACACCAUCACCUCCACCAUCACCCCCACCACCAACAUCACCCCAAUACCUUCACCACCACCACCACCAUCACCCCCAACUCCAUCACCCCAACACCAUCACCACCACCAUCACCUCACCACCAUCACCACCUCACCACCAUCACCACACCACCAGACUGAGAGACUGAGAGAGAGACUGAGAGAGAGAGAGACUGAGAGAGAGAGAGAGACUGAGAGAGAGAGAGACUGAGAGAGAGAGACUGAGACACAUUGUUACAACACUGUAUAUAUACAUAAUAUGACAUUUGAAAUGUCUUUAUUCUUUUGGAACUUCUGAGUGUAAUGUUUACUGUUAAUAUUUAUUGUUUAUUUCACUUUUGUUUACUAUCUACUUCACUUGCUUUGGCAAUGUUAACAUACGUUUCCCAUGCCAAUAAAGCCCUUAAAUUGAAUUGAAAAAUUGAGAGAGAGACUGAGAGAGAGAGACUGAGAGAGAGAGACUGAGAGAGAGACAGAGAGAGCACGAGAGAGAGACUGGGAGAGAGAGAAAAGAGCCGUUAAAUUAUAUAACCACUUAAAAGGAAGCUAUUCCCAAACCUUUCAUAACAAAGCCAUCACCUACAGAGAGAUGAACUUGGAGAAGAGUCCCCUAAGUAAGCUGGUCCUGGGGCUCUGUUCACAAACACAAACAGACCCCACAGAGCCCCAGGACAGCAACACAAUUAGACCCAAACAAAUCAUGAGAAAACAAAAAGAGAAUUACUUGACACAUUGGAAAGAAUUAACAAAAAAAAGAGAGCAAACUAGAAUGCUAUUUGGUUCUAAACAGAGAGUACACAGUGGCAGAAUACCUGACCACUGUGACUGACCCAAACUUAAGGAAAGCUUUGACUAUGUACAGACUCCAUGAGCAUAGCCUUGCUAUUGAGAAAGGCCGCCGUAGGCAGACCUGGCUCUCAAGAGAAGACAGGCUAUGUGCACACUGCCCACAAAAUGAGGUGGAAACUGAGCUGCACUUCCUAACCUCCUGCCAAAUGUAUGACCAUAUUAGAGACACAUAUUUCCCUCAGAUUACAGCGAUCCACAAAGAAUUUGAAAACAAACCCAUUUUUGAUAAACUCCCUUAUCUACUGGGUGAAAAACCACAGUGUGCCAUCAUAGCAGCAAGAUUUGUUGCCACAAGAAAAGGGCAACCAGUGAUGAACAAACACCAUUGUAAAUACAACCCAUAUUUAUGUUUAUUUAUUUUCCCAUUUGUACUUUAACUAUUUGCACAUUGUUACAACACUGUAUAUAUACAUAAUAUGACAUUUGAAAUGUCUUUAUUCUUUUGAAACUUCUGAGUGUAAUGUUUACUGUUAAUAUUUAUUGUUUAUUUCACUUUUGUUUAUUAUCUACUUCACUUGCUUUGGCAAUGUUAACAUACGUUUCCCAUGCCAAUAAAGCCCUUAAAUUGAAUUGAAAUUGAAUUGAGAGACUGAGAGAGAGAUUAUCACCCUGAUCCUUGAGGGAAUACACUCUCUCUCUCUCUCUCUCUCUCUCUCUCUCUCUCUCUCUCUCUCUCUCUCUCUCUCUCUCUCUCUCUCUCUCUCUCUCUCUCUCUCUCUCUCUCACCCCCACCCCCACACGUCAAUCUCUCACUCUGUGUCUCUCCCUCUCAGGCAGAGCAGGGGGACAGAGCGGUGACAGUUAGUUAGAGAACCCAUCCACCAACAGCCCUAAACACAGGGGUUUUACUGUACACGAGGAAUAGAGACUCAGCUCCAUACAGCCCUCCCUCCCGGGCACAAACUGGUUGAAUCAACGUUGUUUCAACGUAAUCUGUCAACGUAUUGUGUCGUAAACUGUUGUUUUGAGGGUAACAUUUCAACCGCAGGAUUAUGUCAUCAUGGUAAUCAUAUUUCAACAUACACUACAUGAACAAAAGUAUUUGGACACCUGCUCGUCGAACAUCUCAUUCCAACAUCAUGGGCGUUAAUAUGGAGUUGGUCCACCCUUUGCUGCUAUAACAGCCUCCACUCUUCUGGGAAGGCUUUCCACUAGAUGUUGGAACAUUGCUGCGGGGGACUUGCUUCCAUUCAGCCACAAGAGCAUUAGUGAGGUCGGGCACUGAUGUUGGGCAACUAGGCCUGGCUCGCAGUCGGCGUUCCAAUUCAGGGCUCUGUGCAGGCCAGUCAAGUUCUUCCACAUCGAUCUCGACAAACCAUUUCUGUAUGGACCUCGCUUUGUGCACGCGGUCAUUGUCAUGCUGAAACAGGAAAGGGCCUUCCACAAACUUUUGCCACAAAUUUGGAAGCACAGAAUCGUCUAGAAAAUGUCAUUGUAUGCUGUAGCAUUAGGAUUUCCCUUCACUGGAACUAAGGGGCCUAGCCCAAACCAUGAAAAUCAGCCCCAGACCAUUAUUCCUCCACCAAACCUUAUAGUUGGCACGAUGCAUUCGGGCAGGUAGUGUUCUCGUGGCAUCCGCCAAACCCAGAUUAGUCCGUCGGACUGCCAGAUGAUUCAUCACUGCAGAGGAUGCGUUUCCACUCCUCCAGAGUCCAAUGGCGGUGAGCUUUACACCACUCCAGCCGACGCUUGGCAUUGCGCAUGGUAAUCUUAUGCUUGUGUGCGGCUGCUCGGCCAUGGAAACCCAUUUCAUGAGGCUCCCGACAAACAGUUAUCGUGCUGACAUUGCUUCCAGAGGCAGUUUGAGGCUGAAUCCACAAAUUUGAAGGGGUGUCCACAUACUUUUGUAUAUAGUGUUUUGUAUAUAUUGUAUACAAUAUGUUGAAUUUGUACCUUUAAAACAACGUCAGAUCUUCAACGUAAUAUCCAAUAUCAGAAGAAAAUACAAUAGACCUCCUACUGGAGAGUUGAUCUUUCUACAGCACCUCCUACUGGAGAUGAAUCAUUGAUAUGUUGCAUUCAUGUCUCCAUCUCAACCAAAUAUCGAAAUUAUAGAAUAGGACUAAAUCAAAUUAAACUUUAUUUAAAGUGCAUUUAAAAGUUUUGAUUUGAUUUAGUCCUAUUGUUUAACUUUGAUGGUUGAAAUGGAGACAUGAAUCAAACAUAUCAAUUAUUAAUUUGUAGACAAACUGGAAUUAAAAGCCAGACUAAGUAAGUGGCACAGAUGGAACUAUCCAAGCGGAAGAUAAAUUUUCUUUUGAAAUGUUGAUAUUUGGUUGCCUUGACAACCAAACAUAAUUCAACAUUACUUUUGAAAUACAAUAAGUAGCUUAUUGACUUAAAUACAAGUGAACAUAUGAUAUGAUGGAUUUACAUCUCCAACUCGAGCAAAAAUACAAGUUGAAGAAUGUCUCAGGUGUACUGUAUCUCCCUUGACCUUAAAACGAGUAACACAGCCAUGGCCACAUUUUGAGAUUACUGUAACGAUACAUGUAUUCUUAUGUAAUCAUGUGAAGUGCGCGUGUUUGCAAGAUAGCAUGCAUAAUGUCGUCGCAGGUCUGUGGAGAUCGCUGUAAUAAUCUGCACAGAAUCUCGAACGGCAUUGAUGACUUUCACCCAUGUACUUUUAAUGUAAUCUCAACUGCAAUCCAGGUCAUUUGGUUGUGCUAUCAGAUGAAGCACAGUGAUAUCACAUUCAUCUGUCGUAUAAUUAAACAACAUAUCUGAUAUUGUUUUCCUAUUUGAACUUUGCUUUUAAAUGGCUGAAAGCUCAGUGACAACUAAACCAAAAACCAGACAUUGUUUUUCCAUUGGAAUUUGGUUCUGCUUUUAGAUGGUUGAAAGCAUAGUUAUAGCACAUGGGAAAUUCAACUACAUUUUGGCUGUCUUUUUGAGUGAGUGAAUAAAGUGCAUUCGAAAAGUAUUCAGACCCCUUGACUUUUUCCACAUUUUGUUACGUUACAGGCUUAUUCUAAAAUGGAUUAAAUAAAUAAAAAUCCUCAUCAGUCUACACGCAAUACCCCAUAAUGACAAAGUGAAAACAGGUUUUUAGAAAUACCUUAUUUACAUAAGUAUUCAGACCCUUUGCUAUGAGACUCGAAAUUGAGCUCAGGUGCAUCCUGUUUCCAUUGUUUCUACAACUUGAUUGGAGUCCACUUGUGGUAAAUUCAAUGAUUGGACAUGAUUUGGAAAGGCACACACCUGUCUACAUAAGGUCCCACAGUUGACAGUGCAUGUCAGAGCAAAAACCAAGCCAUGAGGUCGAAGGAAUUGUCCAUAGAGCUCCGAGACAGGAUUGUGUCGAGGCACAGAUCUGGGGAAGGGUACCAAAGGAUUCUCUGGUGUGAUGAAACCAAGAUUGAACUCUUUGGCCUGAAUGCCAAGCGUCACGUCUGGAGGAAACCUAGCACCAUCCCUACGGUGAAGCAUGGUGGUGGCAGCAUCAUGCUGUGGGGAUGUUUUUCAGCGGCAGGGACUGGGAGACUAGUCAGGAUCGAGGGAAAGAUGAACGGAGUAAAGUAAAGAGAGAUCCUUGAGGAAAACCUGCUCAGGACCUCAGACUGGGGCGAAGGUUCACCUUCCAACAGGAAAACAACCCUAAGCACACAGCCUAGACACUGCAGGAGUGACUUCGGGACAAGUCUCUGAAUGUCCUUGAGUGGCCCAGCCAGAGCCCAGACUUAAACCCGAUCGAACAUCUCUGGAAAGACCUGAAAAUAGCUGUGCAGCUACGCUCCCCAUCCAACCUGACAGAGCUUGAGAGGAUCUGUAGAAAAGAAUGGGAGAAACUCCCCAAAUACAGAUGUGGCAAGCUUAUAGCAUCAUACCCAAGAAGACUUGAGGCUGUAAUCACUGCCAAAGGUGCUUCAACAAAGUACUGAGUAGUAAACGGUCUGAAUUCUUAUGCAAAUGUGAUAUUUCCUUGUAUUUUUAUUUUUAUUUUUUGCUUUGUCAUUAUGAGGUAUUGUGUGUAGAUUGAUGAGGGGAAAAAUGAUUUAAUCCAUUUUAGAAUAAGGUUGUAACGUAACAAAAUGUGGAAAAAGUCAAGGGGUCUGAAUACUUUCCGAAUGCACUGUAUAGGUCAGGGGUGUCAAACUCAUUUUAGCUCAGGGGCCACAUGGAGGAAAAUCUAUUCCCAAGUGGGCCGGACCGGAAAAAUCAUGGUAUAUAUAACUUAAAAACAACAACUUCAGAUUGUUUUCUUUGUUUUAAUACGAUCAACAUACAACAUAAAGCUGGAGCCUGAGGACAGUGUGUCCAAAAUAGUACAAGCACAACAUCACUAUUAAUCAUAAAACACGUCAAGUUUAUUUGAAAAUUCUAAAGAAAAAGAACACACAAACAUACAAUGCCUCAGUGAUUAACAGAACUGUUUCAUAGAUCACAGAACUAUAUCAGGGUGUCAUUUCUCAGGCAGAAAUGUAGAUAAAAAUAAUGAAAUCCUGUUCCCCAAACAAGUGCAAGAACCACAGAGUCAAGAAUAGGUUAAAUAUACAAAUAAAAUAAAAACAAUUAAAAACAAUAGCACAUCAACAUAAAAACAUAAAUCUGAAAGCGUUGCUCAAACUCCCGUAACAGUCCCGUUAUUUUAUCUUUGAACCGCUUCAUGUCUGCCACAUGUUGGGUCGCGCACACAUUUUUCAGACAGGGGAAGUGAGCUGCAUCACCACCAGCAAGUUGCGUCUCCCACAAUGACAGCUUCAACUUGAAAGAACGUAUGCUGUCAUAAUACUGCGUGACAACUUUGUUGCGCCCUUGCAGCUGUUUGUUCAACAUUUUACAUUUACAUUUUAGUCAUUUAGCAGACGCUCUUAUCCAGAGCGACUUACAGUUAGUGAAUACAUAUUUUUUUUAUACUGGCCCCCCGUGGGAAUCGAACCCACAACCCUGGCGUUGCAAACGCCAUGCUCUAUCAACUGAGCUACAUCCCUGCCGGCCAUUCCCUCCCCUACCCUGGACGACGCUGGGCCAAUUGUGCGCCGCCCAUGAGUCUCCCGGUCGCGGCCGGCGGCGACAGAGCCUGGAUUCGAACCAGGAUCUCUAGUGGCACAGUUAGCACUGCGAUGCAGUGCCUUAGACCACUGCACCACUCAGGAGUUCAAGUUAUUCAGGUGCUCUGUAACAUCCACCAUAAAUGCAAGGUCUUGCAUCCAUUCUGCGGAAUGAAAUUCUAACACUGGUUUGCCCUUUUCUUCCAUGAACUGUUCAAUUUCUUCUCAUAAAUCAAAGAAACGCCUCAGCACAGCACCUCGGCUUAACCAUCUUACCUCAGUGUGGUAUGGCAGGCCAUAGAUGUGGUCUUUCUCUCUGAGAAGGCUGUCAAACUGACGGUGAUUCAGGCUUCUGGAUCGGAUGAAAUUAACAGUUUGGAUGACCACCUUCAUGACGUUAUCCAUCUUUAAUGACUUGCAACACAAAGCCUCCUGGUGCAAAAUACAGUGAAAAGUCAAAAAAUCACGUUCUCCAUUUGCAGAUUGCACUUUCUCUCUGAACUUUGUCACAACGCCUGCUUUUUUCCCGAUCAUUGAGGGCGCACCAUCUGUAGCCAGGCUGACAGCGCGGGACCAGUCCACUCCGACCCUGUCCAGCGUGCCGACGAGUGCGGUAAAAAUAUCAGCUGCUGUCGUUGUAUCUGUCAUCGGCACCAACUCCACGAACGCCUCGGUGACGGUCAAUGUGUCAUCAACUCCGCGGAUGAAAAUGGCCAGUUUUGCAACAUCUGUAAUGUCCGUGCUUUCAUCAAUUGCAACCGAAAACGCAAUAAAUGACUUUAAUUUUUGCUUCAACUGGCUGUCCAAAUCCACUGAAAGAUCGGAAAUCCUGUCUGCAACUGUGUUUCUUGUCAGGCUGAUAUUUGCAAAAGCCUGUCGCUUUUCAGGGCACACAAUCUCCGCUGCCUUCAUCAUGCAUGUUUUUACAAAUUCACCCUCACUAAAUGGUUUUGAAGCCACUGCGAUUUCAUUAGCAAUGAGGUAGCUAGCUUUCACUGCAGCGUCACUGAUGUCUCGGCUGUGAGUAAACACAGACUGCUGUUUCUUCAGACCCGCCAACAGUUCAUUCACCUUCUCUCAUCUCCGCUGUCCUUGAAAGUUGUCAUAUUUGUCGGCAUGAAGACUCACAUAGUGGCGACGAAGGUUAUAUUCUUUCAGCACUGCAACAUGCUCUGAACACACCAAACAUACAGCUUUCCCAUUCAAUUCCGUGAAUAAAUAGGAUGACCAUUUUUCUUGGAACACUCUGCACUCUGCGUCCACUUUUCUAUUUUUUGACAGAGACAUAUUGGGGCAAUGAGGGUGCCAAAGCACAUAAUGUUAAAAGUAGAAGCCGUAAUAAAUAUCGCGGGCAAAACAAAGUAGCUCAUUGGCUGCACGUGCUUGACCUACUUGCUCUGCCCCGGUAUAAACAGUUUGCUUGCUUAACACAAUUGCUAUUGCGCCAUCCAGUGGACGCAAUUGGAACAGCAGUUUAUUUUAUUGAAAAAUUGCAGCGCAUUUUUAUACAAAUAUUUAUAUAUUUUUUUUUUCCGAAAUCAUCUCGCGGGCCGGAUUAAACCCGUUUGCGGGCCUGAUCCGGCCCGCGGGCCGUACGUUUGACACCCCUGGUAUAGGUUGUAAUCUCAUUGAUCAACGUCUCAACCAAAUAUUAACCAAUUAUCCACGUUGAAAUGACGUGGUGUGCCCAGUGGGAUGUACCACUCAAUGUAGUAUUGGCAUUCUGAAGAGGGACUAUGUUGUCUGUGUUCUAUUUACUCUAAAAUAUGACACCAAUGCCUUUGAGUACAAUGAAGAUGAAAUUAGUAUUUAUUUUUUACUAACUUAAUAGAUGAGAUCAACAGGGAUGUGAGGAGAUAACAGUAUGUUCAUUACUAUCUUCUAGAGUUACAUCACGUGUACAGUGGAAGCCGAAGGGACGCGGCUAGCCAAACCUGUGCUGUCCCUGGGUCUGAUGUGUCUGGCCUUCCUCACGGGACUCAACAGAGUGGCCGAGUACCGGAACCACUGGUCUGACGUCAUCGCUGGAUUCAUCAUAGGAGUGGCCAUCGCCACUUUCCUGGUAAGAACCUGUCCUGCAGCUGCAUCACAAACCUCACAAUGUACGGUGUGCUAAUUUUAGGACAGCCUCGUUCACCAACUCCUAGUGAUUCUGACGCUGUCGUAAUUUGGACACCGCACCGUUGGGUUGUAGAACCUGGAUCAGCAUCACUAUGGUUGUGUCCAAAAAUGGCAGCCAAUUCCCCUGGUGGUGGUCCACCUGGGGAUCCCUCAAUGCUUGGUCCUAGGGCCUCUACUGUCUUGUAUCUACAAAGACUGAGCAUUCACUUUUAAACGCUAAUGACACUCGGCUGUAUGUCUCCACAAACACUGACACUGACAAUGCCACUGCACUCCUGGUCAGCUGCCUGCAGGACAUCAAAUGCAGUUGAGUUUCCUGCAGUUAAACUGCAGACACAGGUCGUGCUGAUUGGCACUGGCACCAUAAGUAACAACAACAGCAGCUACAGGUGUGAAGGUGCUCCCCUCCAGGGAGGUUCUCCACCUGGGUGGGAUAUUUGACAGUCAGUUCUCGUUUGAGGCCAACAUCAAAAGUGUGACCAAAGUUGUAUUUUUCCAUCUGCGGAACAUUGCCUGGUUAUGACCUAUGCUGUCACAGCCUGCAGCUGAGCGACUCAUCCACGCCUUUACAAGGGGAUUGCGAAAGUAUUCACCCCCUUUGGCAUUUUUCCUAUUUUGUUGACUUACAACCUGGAAUUAAAAUUGAUUUUUUUGGGGUUUGUAUCAUUUGAUUUACAUAACAUGCCUGCCACUUUGAAGAUGCAAAAUAUGUUUUAUUGUGAAACAAACAACAAAUAAGGCAAAAAAAAAUGAAAACUUGAGUGUGCAUAACUAUUCACUACUUUGUAGAGACACCUUUUGCAGCAAUUACAGCUGCAAGUCUCUUGGGGUAUGUCUCUAUAAGCUUGGCACAUCUAGCCACUGGGAUUUUUGCCCAUUCUUCAAGGCAAAAUUGCUCCAGCUCCUUCAAGUUGGAUGGGUUCCGCUGGUGUAAAGCAAUCUUUAAUUCAUACCACAGAUUCUCAAUUGGAUUGAGCUUCUGGGCUUUGACUAGGCCAUUCCAAGACAUUUAAAUGUUUCCCCUUAAACCACUCGAGUGUUGCUUUAGCAGUAUACUUAGGGUCAUUGUCCUACUGGAAGGUGAACCUCCGUCCCAGUCUCAAAUCUCAGGUUUCCCUCAAGAAUUUCAUUGUAUUUAGCACCAUCCAUCAUUCCUUCAAUUCUGACCAGUUUCCCAGUCCCUGCCGAUGAAAAACAUCCCCACAGCAUGAUGCUGCCAACACCAUGCUUCACUGUGGGAUGGUGUUCUCGGGGUGAUGAGAGGUGUUGGGUUUGCGGCAGACAUAGCGUUUUCCAUGAUGGCCAAAAAGCUCAAUUUUAGUCUCAUCUGACCAGAGUACCUCUUCCAUAUGUUUGGGGAGUCUCCCACAUGUCUUUUGGCGAACACCAAACGUGUUUACUUAUUUUUUUCUUUAAGCAAUGGCUUUUUUCGGGGUACUCUUCCAUAAAACCCAGCUCUGUGGAGUGUACGGCUUAAUGUGGUCCUAUGGACAGAUACUCCAAUCUCCGCUUUGCAGCUCCUUCAGGGUUAUCUUUUGUCUCUUUGUUGCCUCUCUGAUUAAUGCCCUCCUUGUCUGGUCUGUGAGUUUUGGUGGGCGGCCCUCUCUUGGCAGGUUUGUUGUGGUGCCAUAUUCUUUCCAUUUUUUAAUAAUGGAUUUAAUGGUGCUCUGUGGGAUAUUUAAAGUUUCAGAUAUUUUUUUAUAACCCAACCCUAAUUUGUAUCUCUCCACAAACUUUGUCCCUGACCUGUUUGGAUAGCUCCUUGGUCUUCAUGGUGCUGCUUGCUUGGUGGUCCCCCUUGCUUAGUGGUGUUGCAGACUCUGGGGCCUUUCAGAACAGGUGUACAUAUACUGAGAUCAUGUGACACUUAGAUUGCACACAGGUGGACUUUAUUUAACUAAUUAUGUGACUUCUGAAGGUAAAUUGGUUGCACCAGAUCUUAUUUAGGGGCUUCAUAGCAAAGGGGGUGAAUACAUAUGCGCGCACCACUUUUCCGUUAUACAUUUUUUAUAACAAGUUAUUUUUUUCAUUUCACUUCACCAAUUUGGACUAUUUUGUGUAUGUCCAGUACAUGAAAUCCAAAUAAAAAUCCAUUUAAAUUACAGGUUGUAAUGCAUCAAAAUAGGAAAAACGCCAAGGGGGAUGAAUACUUUUGCAAGGCGCUGUAUAUUAUCCCGUCUGGACUAUUGUAAUGCCUUGUUAGUUGUCACAUCUGACAAGUGCCUAAGAAAACUACGAUAUGUCCAGAACUGUGCUGCACGUGUCCUUACCCACACUCCCCCCUGUGAGCACGUCCCUCCAGUGCUGGUCAACCUCCUCUGGCUCCCCAUACGCUCACGCAUAGACUUUAAAAUCCUGGUUCACACCUACCACGCUAUCCACAACUCUGGACCCAAAUACCUGUCUGACCUCAUCCUACCCUCCUGCCCCUCACACAACCUUCACUCCUCCAGGUCCGUCUCCCUUCAGCAGCCCCACAGCAGACUAAAAACGAUGGGUGACGGGGCAUUCAGUUGUGCGGCUCCUCGGCUGUGGAACACACUUCCAGUCACUGUCAGGGCUGCAGAGUCUCUGGCCUUGUUUAAGGCACAGCUGAUCAGAGAAGCUUUCAAGGACCUAUGUUAA